AGGGAGUUCAGCAAUUCUGUCAGUUCCGCAGGAGCGUUAAAUCCUCCGAGAUAAAAAGUCGCAAGGGGCUAUAUUUUACGAGUUUGGAAUAUACAAAGCGACAUCGAGUCCCGCGUAAACUAAUUUUGCAGCGUUUAUCUGCCGUCGAGAAAAAUUGGAUUCGAAUUUUUUUUAAUGAAUUCGUGAAUUAUGAUUUUGUCACAAACGGCUUCAUUGAAAAUAUUUUCUGACCGUAUAAUGGGAAGAGGAGAUAAACGAGGAAGUAGCCACAGAUCUGACAGUGCAUCAUCAAACCUAGUCGGCAAAUUCACCCAAAGUGUUCGAAGAAUAGUACAAGACGUCAAAGACGAAGGUACAGCCAGUGGUUUAACCAAGGAGGAAGUGAUAGAAACCAAUGAGAGAUUACGAGCUGUUAGGAUCAGAAUGGACGAGUCUUACGAUAUGGCUAAGAAGGCUCUAGUCACGCUCAUGGGGAAGUACAAUGAUAGCAAGACCAUCCACAAUGUGUUCCAGAGGUAUAGCCUUCUUAAAGCAAUGAUCAAGGAGGUCAUCCGGUUAGAGACGCAAUACUGGACCCUGGUCGACAUCCCGAAACAGGAGAAGCAGGAGACGGUGCCCGCCUUCGUCCUGAGGGCCUGUGCCAUCAUGGAGAAGACGCAAAAAUCCGGUGAAGGGGUCAAGACCACCGCCCGUUUGGCGGAGGAGGCACAGGAGAAGAGGGAACGCAUAGAUCGGCUGGAAGACAUGACGACAGCUCAAAUCGAGGCUGAAAAUACCCAAAUGACAAAUGAUCUUUACAGGUUACUCAAGAAGUACUCAGGAUUAAGAAAUCUCAUACGACAACUCAAGAUCGAAUACACGAAUGCCAAAAUGUACCCCAUGGUUCUGCGUUAUACAAUGCUCAAGGACAUGAUAAAGGACAUCCUCCUGCAUCCCGACUACAUGGAGGUAUGCCACGAGGUCGAUGCCUAGCCAAAAUCUUUCUCCCUGUCACCCAGGGAAGAACCAACUGUCAGUCGAUAGUGAAGGGGCUUUUUCUUCCAGCCAAAAACACUGGUUCAUGGGGUUAGGUUCAAAAAUGUGCGGCAGCUUGUAGUGUAUUCGGUCUUAUAGUUGAAGGGUAUAUCUCGUUUAGAGAUAUAUACUUGUCAAGUCUCGAUAUUGGAUUGUUGUGCAUGGAAAAUGUUGCUGUAUUCGUAUAGAUAUCUAGAUUUAACCGACAAGAGAAACAUUGAUGUUUGAUGAAACAGAGAAAAUAUAGGCUAUUGAAUUUUUCUUUCUCUAACAGUCCUCCAUUUCCAUGGUGGUGCACUGCCAUUUGAAGUAAUGUUUCCACGCGAACUGGAUCCAGAUAAAGGUGGAAAAAUAUCCAAUUAUUUUAUAUUUUUAACUAAAGAUGAAGUUAUCUGUGGAACUGAUUGAGUUUUGCUCGUAUAUUUUCGUAAAUCGAUUUGGUUUCGCUUCCACGACAAUAAGUAGUAUCACAGCAAAAUUUAUCUUGAACUGUGAUUUAUCUGAAUAUACGGAAAAUGAUAUUGACCCCAAAUGAAGCGUUUGAACGUAAGGAACAUUUUCCUUUCAACAAAACAUAUCUAUAUCCAUUUCUUAUCGGUCUAAUGAUACUCAAAAGUACCUAAUUUCGUAAUUAAAAUUGUUGACUGUUUGAAUAAUCAUAAUCAUAUCAAUAUAAGUCUGUAAUAUGUGGUUAAUGUAUUGGAAGAAGCUAAUGGAACCGCUGGUUUAAAUGUAUAAGCUAAAAUAACCAAGCCCCUACUGAAAUGAAAAGAAGGAUAAGAUAAAGAUGUUACGCUUAAUACUUUGAUUAACGAAGAACUUUUUUAAAGUGUUCUUUACAUUGAUUCGAGGGUAUGUAAGUUAACAGAUUGAACUAAAUGUGUUUUUCUCGAAAUUUUCUGAAAGAAAAAUGAAAAACCCGAACAAAAUAAAUUGAUGUGCUUUCCAAAGAAGAUAUCUGCCUGAAACUCCACAGGGUUUAACAAUGUUAAAUGAAAUUUCAAUUUUAAUUGGAUGAAUUCAAGAUGGUUUUUUGUUGAAUUCGGAAGUUACACGAUGACAUUAUCAAAUAUAUAGCUAUUCUAUUAUGAUAUGAACAGAAAUACGUAUCGUUAAGUUUCAAAGGGGAUCAAUUGAAUUCAGAACUUUCGGCUAAGAUAUUUACAAAUAAUUAUAAUUUUGUAAUGUGUCAAAUCGUGUGGGAUAUAAUAUAUAUUAUAUAUAUAUAUAUAAUUAUUUAUUGU